UCAUAUUUCACUUCAUGAUAUUCUCAGUCCUGUGUGUUCUGGUCAGCAGUUUUAUAAGUCCAUCACAUUCCAGAUCAGGUGUUAAUCACUUGGAACAAGAAUUAAAGAAAAUUGAACAAAUGGGAGUUCGGCUUGAAGAAGACAUGAUGGUAUUGAGUGAACAGAUUAAUAAUCUGCUAUACAAGAACGAAAGUGGGAACGUAUCGACGGUAAAGCGAGGCCUACAAUCAAAAGUAGCAUCGAUGCAAGAUCAGAACUCAUAUGGGCAACAGCAACCAAUGCAACAACAAUCGCAACAACAGCAACCCCAACAACAACAAUCACAACAACAACAAUCGCAACAACAGCAACAGCAACCGCAACAACAACAAUCACAACAACAACCACAACAACAACAAUACUACUCAUCCAAUAUGAUGAUGAAGAGACAAAUGGGGGAGAGCAUUAACCACAAUGUACAACAACCAAUGAGCUCAUGCUCCCAAUCUUCCAAUUCAAACAGAGGACAGGGUGGAUAUGGACAACCCAUUGGUCAAUCACAAAUGAUGAAACGUCAACAACAGUUAAAACUAGCACAAGCUUUCUAUCCUUCACAACAAGGUCAACAACAACAACAACAAUUACAACAGUAUGGGUAUCCACCCAUUAAGCCUCAAAUGCAAAUGGGAGGGUUAAAUAUGCAACCUGAACUAUUCCCACAUUUUCAACAACCUCAAUAUUACGAUAACAUAGGAUUUGAUGAAAAUCAACAAGACAUUUAUGAGCCUGUUGAUGGGUCAUCUGAAUUUGAUGAAAAUGCCGAACAAUCGCUUAUGGGUGGUGUUGUGAAACGUGAAUUGAUGUAA